AUGAACAUUACGAUGUCAAAGGCCGGCGGGGCGCAGCCCAGGCCGGGAAUGGCCCGUGCGUCUGCGAACGGCACGCAGGCCCCCCCUUCGGCCGCCCCCACCCCCCAGCCCCCCGCGGAUCGCCGCUCGCCCGCGGCCGAGCGGCGGUCGGCCCGGGCUGCCAAGCGCGCGCGCCACGCGGCGGUGUACCAGGCCUCGGCCCUGGCGGCCACCUUUGGCAUCGUGGCGCUGGCGGUGGGUGCCACCGCGCUGCGCAUCACGCGCCACCUGGACGCCGGCGACCCGCUCCCCCUGGGUGAGCUGGCCGGCACGCUGGUCCUCAUGGCAGGCUCCGCGGUGGCCAUGGAGAUGUACGCGCGCUGGGCGCACCGUGUGCUUUGGCACGACGCGGCCUGGGGCUGGGCGCUACACGCCAGCCACCACGCGCCGCGCGAGGGCGCCUUCGAGGCCAACGACCUCUUCGCGCUGGCCAACGCGCUGCCGGCCAUGGGCCUCUGCCUUUACGGCUUUCUCCGGCCCGACGCCCUGGGUGGCGCCCUCUUCGGUGCGGGCCUGGGCGUCACCCUCUUUGGCAUCUCCUACAUGUUUGUGCACGAUGGCCUUGUCCACCGCCGCUUCCCCGUUGGGCCCAUCGCCGACGUGCCGGUGCUGCGCCGCAUCGCUGCGGCGCACAAGCUGCACCACUCCGACAAAUACGGGGGGGUGCCCUUCGGCAUGUUCCUAGGGCCGCAGGAGCUGGAGGCGGUGGGGGCGGGUCUAGACCUCGAAGCACUGCUCGCCGCUCAGAGCGCGAAACGUGGCGCCAAGGACGCAGACCCCCUGGCCGAUCCCUGA